UUGUUCAUAAGCAAAAGCGUAGGAACGUAUGGAAACUGAAAUCACAGAGGAAGUCUUGUGCCUAUGCGAGUUUCUUGGUUUCACAGCAGCAGAGCAAUUCGCUAUCCACUUCGUCCUGAAACUACGUCCUUUCGAUCCCAAUCUUUGCUUCCCUGGAGUAGAGAAAUGCCUGCACAAAAGGUUGAGACUGGCCACCAGGACACAGUCCAUGAUGUGGUCAUGGAUUACUAUGGUAAGCGCCUCGCCACAGCUUCAUCCGACAACACAAUUAAGAUAAUUGGGGUGAGCAAUUCAUCCUCUCAGCAUCUAGCAACCCUGACUGGUCACCAGGGACCAGUUUGGCAGGUUGCUUGGGCUCAUCCAAAAUUCGGGUCUUUACUUGCUUCCUGUUCUUAUGAUGGGCGUGUCAUACUGUGGAAGGAAGGUAAUCAGAAUGAGUGGACCCAAGCUCAUGUUUUUGAUGAUCACAAAUCCUCUGUGAACUCAAUUGCUUGGGCUCCUCAUGAACUCGGUCUUUGUUUGGCAUGUGGUUCUUCUGAUGGGAACAUCUCAGUUUUCACUGCAAGGUCUGAUGGUGGCUGGGAUACCUCGAGGAUCGAUCAAGCUCACCCAGUUGGUGUCACCUCUGUUUCUUGGGCUCCCUCAACAGCCCCCGGUGCUCUUGUUGGUUCUGGUCUGCUUGACCCUGUCCAGAAGCUGUGUUCUGGUGGUUGUGAUAACACUGUAAAAGUGUGGAAGCUUGGUAAUGGCAUUUGGAAGCUGGACUGCUUUCCGGCUCUUCAUAUGCAUGUUGAUUGGGUCAGGGAUGUUGCUUGGGCACCCAACUUGGGACUACCAAAAUCAACCAUUGCCAGUGCCUCACAGGAUGGUAAAGUGAUUAUAUGGACCGUGGGCAAGGAUGGGGAUCAAUGGGAAGGUAAGGUGCUGCAUGAUUUCAAUGCACCUGUUUGGAGGGUCUCAUGGUCGCUGACUGGAAACAUAUUGGCUGUGGCUGAUGGGAACAACAGCGUGACAUUAUGGAAGGAAGCAGUAGAUGGGGAAUGGCAACAGGUGACAACAGUUGACCCAUAGAAACUUGUUUUCGAACUUUUCUUCUGUUACAGCAGAUUAUAUAUGAACCUCUUUAACAAUGAAGCUCAUUUCAUUAAAGUAUCAUAAAAAUUAUCAGUUUUGAUUGACGUUGAUGAACCCUAAAAGUUUCAUACUGUGUUACUGUUGAUAUGUCUGUACGAGUGAUAUGCACUACAAUCAGUUUGACUGUUUUGGUUCUAUUGACAUUUGGACAUGGUUUGAUUUGCAAGUCCUUAUUUUCUUUCGAUAUUUAUAAAAUAUUUUGCAGCCGCGCAA